AGCCGAACGAAAAAGUCGCCUACGCCACUGCGUCUCUCUGCGUGUUGGUUUUCCCAAUUCGAAUCUCUCAGCUCGUGUCCGCGCUUUAGAAAACUGAAAACCCAAAGAAGCAACAGCAGCCGCAGCAGCAGCAGCGAAAAAUCAAAACACGUUUUACUCCCGCACAUUGAAAACGUAUUUUCCACAUACAACAGGGAUUUCAUUUUCCCUCAAAAACCAUUUAAAUUGGUUUAUAAUUUCCAUAAAUUAGUGAUUUGUGUUUUUUCAAUGGAAGUGUGUAACCGAAAAUAUGAAAAUUUCACCUAUAAAUAUUGAUGUGUUUUAUUGAAUAUUUGUGUCUUUUACUUUGAAAUCGGUUUCGUUUUUGUGCCAACAGUUUGCAUUAUUAAUUACAAUUUACGUUCGUCAAUAAGUGGAAACAGUCGCAACAGAUUGAGAGACAAUUUCAAAAUAAGGAAAACCAGGCACUAAGCAAAGAAAGCUUCUGAAUUGGUUCUGCCGCAGCUGGACGUGUUUGUUUGGAGGUAAUGUGAUCGGCGAUCUUCGGGAGCAAUUAGACGACUAAACAAAAGGACAAAGGACUCCGGCAAAGCAGAUUACCAGCUGGCAACGCGAAGGCGUCGAAGGGAGUCGAAAGGAGCAAAGCCAACUUAACAAGGACUAUUCGCACACUGUGGCCAGCGGAGGAGGAGGAAAUCGAACCGAAUGCAGUAUCUCAACUACGCUCUGCAGACAUCCACGCGACUGCUGACGUACCAGGGCCCGAACCAGGAUCUCUAUCCUGACCAGACAGGACUCGCCUCCGCCCACGAGGAGGAAAUCAAGCACGCCUGCUGCAGUCGCGGCGCCCAGCUGCUGAGAUUGCGCCACCGAGAGCUGGCCAAGCGACGAGCUCUCGAGGAUCAGAUUAACGCCAACCAGCAGGAGGAGGCGGAGGAGGAGGACCAGCAGCAGCAGGACCACGACCAGGAGCAGCUGCCGGAGAACUCGGACAGCGAGCAGGGAGCCGUCGGCGGGGAGCAUCUGCAGCCGCAGCCAGUCCAAUGA